AUGGUGUUGGGCUGCGGCUCCUUCGGGGUUGGCAUAUGGCUGUACGUGGUGAAAGCUGAUUACACCAGCAUAGCUGCACCUAAUUUCGGCGCUCUCAGUGCCGCGGCGCUGUAUGUAGCAGCGGGAGCGACGAUCAUCGUCAUCGGCUUCGUCGGUUGCUGCGGAGCAUGGGUAGAAAGCAAAUGUCUUCUAAUCACCUACUUCGUUUUUGUAUUGCUGGUCUUCGUAGUGGAGCUUACGGCUGGAAUUUUGGCUUUUCUGUACAAACGUGAGGUCAGACAAUUAAUGAUUUCAAAGCAUUUUUAUGCAAUUUUUGGCGAAUGUCAUCUGGAAGUUGGAAGAGCUGACCUGCGAAGGUGGGCGUCCAAAAUUGGAGUCAUUGAGCCAAAAUACGUGUCAGAAGUUAUUCGGAUCGAGUUGCGGAAUAACCUUCAAAAUCCAUAUGUUGCCGAACGAGCCAGAGACUCCAAUGGGUUGCCCGUGACGUGGGACAGUUUGCAAUCUCAGUUUAAAUGCUGCGGCGUGGAAAGCUAUAAAGAUUGGUUUCGUUCCGAACGUUGGCCCCAGAAUAACUGGGUUCUCGACAGCUGUUGUGACCCUGCGCAUUUCAAAUCUACCGAUUCAAUGGAAAACUGCGGAAAGCUAGGCGAACAAUCACUGCUUUUUCAGAGGGGCUGCUACGAGGCGUUUACCGAUUGGCUCUUGGAACACAUGCACGUCGUAGGGAUCAUUGGCAUCCUGCUGUCAUUUAUUCAGGUUUUGGUGACCAGUUGA